GGAGCAUCACUCCUCGCAUCCGAACUCCUGAAACUGGGUCAGACGACGCCAUCAGGAACAUCCUGGAGCAAGCCAAGAAGGAGAUCCAGUCCCAGAGGGGAGGCGAGGGGCGGUCUCUCCUCAGCUCGUCGUCGGGCCGCAGCAGCAUCGGGCCGGGCAGCAGCUCCGAUGACACCAUAAAGAACAUCCUGGUGCAGGCGAGGAGGGAGAUGGAGGCGCAGCAACACGCCAUCAUGGAGAUGGAGGUCUGUGGGAGGAGCCCCUCUGCUGGAUCCGGCCCUCAGGUGGAGCGUCUGGGCCCCCCCGAGCGCUCCAGAGCCCCACAGAGACCCCUGUCCAUCAAACAAGAAGAGGGAGGAGUCACCCUCUGCAUGGCUAACCCAAUCAGCAGCCCGCAGACCCCCCUCAGCGUCCUCUCCCCCGCCGCUUUCGUGCAGAACAUCAUCCGCAAAGUGAAGUCUGAAAUCGGGGAGGUGGGGAGCUACUUCGACCAGCACUGGAGCCACGAGCGGGGGUCCAUGGUGCUCAGUGGAGGGGGGAGUUCUCUACCUUUUAAUUCAGUCUCCCCCUCCCUGUCUUCCACCUCCUCCUCUGGACCCCCAAUUCUCCCCCGACCGUGGCCCCGCCUGGAAAAUGGAGAGUUUCAAACAAACAGCGAGGAGGCAUCGGGGGCCGAGGAGGAGCUGGUGAAGGUGGUGGAGGUGAAGGUGGAGUCGGACACCUCAAUGAGCGGGGAGUCUCCGGGUCCAGGGCCACGAGGAGGACUCUCUUACUAUCCGGCUUACAUCCCGCGCGCCCUGAAGCCCACCGUGCCCCCGCUGACCCCAGAGCAGUACGAGAUGUACAUGUACCGCGAGGUGGACACGCUGGAGCUCACCCGCCAGGUGAAGGAGAAGCUGGCCAAGAACGGCAUCUGCCAGAGGAUCUUCGGAGAGAAGAUCCUGGGUCUGUCUCAGGGCUCUGUGUCCGACAUGCUGUCCCGACCCAAACCCUGGAGCAAACUCACUCAGAAAGGUCGCGAGCCGUUCAUCCGCAUGCAGCUGUGGCUCCUGGACCAACUGGGCCAGAGCCUCAACCCGCCCCUCCACCACGGACACACUCUGGAUGCAGAUCAGAGCCCGGUGACGGCCCAGUCGUCCCCCUCGCCGCCCCCCUCCCCCGCUGAGAGCCCCCUGGAGCCCGGCAGCCUGUCUCUAGAGAGCAGCAAGGAGAACCAGCAGCCAGAGGGCCUGCUGCUGCCCCCCCACCCCGACGGAGGGAAGCCCCCCCCCGGCCUCAUGGCCCCCCAGCAGCCGCCCCAGCCGCUGGGCAUCCAGGAGCUGGUGGCCGUCGCUUCGGAGCUCGACACCUACACCAUCACCAAGAAGGUGAAGGAGGUGCUGACGGACAACAACCUGGGCCAGCGUCUGUUCGGGGAGACGGUCCUGGGCCUGACGCAGGGCUCCGUGUCCGACCUGCUCUCCAGACCAAAGCCCUGGCACAAGCUGAGCCUGAAGGGCCGCGAGCCGUUUGUCCGCAUGCAGCUGUGGCUCAACGACCCGCACAACGUGGACAAGCUGCGGGCCAUGAAGAAGAUGGAGAAGAAAGCGUACCUGAAGAGGCGUUACGGUCUGCUGAGCACGGGUUCGGACAGCGACUCCCCGAGUGUCCGGUCGGAGUGUGUGAGCCCGGCGCUGGCCUCUCUGGACCUGCCCUACAGCCAGGCCAAGAAAAUCCGGGUGGUGCUGGGCGCUGAGGAGAAGGAGGAGCUGAGGAAGGCCUACCUCCUGGAGCCAUACCCCUCCCAGAACACCAUCGAGAUCCUGGCCUCGCAGCUCCACCUGAAGACCAACACCGUCAUCAACUGGUUCCACAACUACAGGUCCAGGAUGCGACGGGAGGUUUUGAUGGAGGGUCUGCAAGACAACGACAUGGAUGCUGAGCCUCACAGCUACUCUCCCUCAGCGACACGGAGCCCCCCCUCAGAAGGAGAGGACCGGAGACCCCCCUCAGGACACUUCCACACCUCCCUGCCUCACGUCAAACAGGAAGAAGAGGGAGGUGAGCUGAUGAAGUCUUCCAGGGUCCAGUGUUUCUCCACCGCCGUGCAGUUCCCACCGCUGAAAAGCGAGCACGAGGAUGCAAUGUCUGGAUGUCGGGAGCCUCACCUGGAGGGGAUGAGCAGCCCGGGUCAGGGUCUGUAUGCUGACGGCCCCCAGAGGAACAUCCAGUCCAGGCAUGAAGGAGGGGGGGAAGAGUCUGGGAAGUCCCCCGUGGAUCCGGUGAGCUUCAAGGCUUCGUCGGAGCCGUGCCGCAGCAGUUUGGAAGUUUCCCUGAACUCCCCGUCCGCAGCGUCCUCCCCCGGACUCAUGAUGUCUGUCUCCCCCGUCCCCUCCUCCUCCGCCCCCAUCUCGCCCAACCCCCCCUCCACGAGCACCAAUCACAGCCUGGACCCCGGCCAGCUGCAAAGCCCCAAAGUCAACAGAAGCAGUCAGAGACGCAACGAGAAAAUGGCCAACCUCAAUAACAUCAUCCACAGGUUAGAGAGGGCGGCCAAUCGAGAAGAAACACUGGAGUGGGAGUUUUAAUUAAACCCCCCCACCAACGUCUUUUUGCUUGUAUGUAGUACGGAUGACCCUCGCGGCACACAAGGGGGUCAUCCUCGGAGUGGAGCCUGGCUCCUGAAAAGACGGAAAACUCACCGGGAGAAGCUAAACUGAAUUCCCUGCAAGAACUAAAAGAGUUGAGAAAAAAAAGUUUAUAAUUGUGUAUUUGUUGUUUUUCUUUUGAUAAUGCAUACUACUUUGAGAUAUAUGUGACAGCACUAGCUGUUGUUUUACCUAUUGGACUUGACAUGAAGACUUUUGCAGCUAUGGUGUCAUAAAUGUACACUGAAGUUCUGUAGAUUGCCACUGGGUGAGAUUAAAAAAGACCCCUGUCUUAAGCCAUUAAAAGCACUAUAACUAUUUGAAAAAGAGACAUUGACCAAAUUUGCUACUUUUUGAAUAGCAAUUUUUCAGAUUUUGUCUGUAAGACUGGACAGUUUAAGUCAUGUACCAUGAAAUCCUACUGACUGAGGGAUAGUCCUUUAAGACUCUAAAUACUCAACAUCUUGUAUGUAACUUAGUUUCUUGGUGAUAUGUUUUGAACUAUUUGUAACUCACACGUAUAAAAUGUGGUUGUACAUGUUGUAGAAUUGUCUGCAAUAGCCUUCUCUAAACCUGAUGUAGCAUGGUACUCACCUGACCCUGUUAUCCUCUGUAGUUAGUCACCUGUGAUUAUACUUGAGCGAAAACAAGAGAAAAAAAAAGUUGAAAACCCUGCAAAAAACAAGAAAAAAGGAGAAUCUAAUGAGUAGAGUACUUUAGUGUUUUAGUUUUCUUUCUUUGUAUACUCCUUGAGGUUUACAGUUUAGGGCCCUUGUGCUUCAGUGAGACGUUCACUACACGAGCACAGUUUACACGGUUUCUUUCAGGCUUACCUCUCUGACCCUCCAAGGCGCUGGUUCUCAGACUGUAACAGGACACCUGGUUUACCUCAGAUUAUGUUGAUGCACAUCAUGCAAUGACCAUGUGUUUCAUUCUUAUACAUAAACAUGACACACGCGUAUAGAGUGGUGCAGGGAUGACGUGUGUUAGCAUCGCAAAGAGCUUCCUCGACAAAAUGUGAUUAUUGCAGAUAAUCUUCUACACACUUUUAUGAUACUUACACGUUUUAUUCAGCAGGAUCAUCUCCACAUAUUAACACCACUUUUAUAAUAGUUAACGAGUGAAUGCAAUAUCCAGAAGUAAAAAGCUAACGUUUGGAUAGAAACAAACUACAGAAUGAUCACAUGACAGGAUACACGGAUGCAAACUCCAAAAGCUAAUGUUGGGCUGCAAAGGAACGGUCGCAUGACUUCACGUCACCACCGCUAAGCUAAAGGUGGCUAAUGUUGGGCGUGAUGACGGUUAGUCGUCUCAUUUGGACACUUGUUAGCAACCGCUGUUUUAUAAAUUCAUAUUCAGUGGGGAUUUACUGAAACCUAUUCAGCUUGUGUUAACCACAGACCUUCAUUUACUAGCCAAACACAAACUCUAAAAACAAGACGAGGGACUGAGAAGUGGUCAAAUGCUAAGCUGGGUUCAAGCACUCAUUCCUGCACCGCUCUAUUAGAACCAAUGGAGGGGUCAGAUCUGUAUCAUGCCUCAGACGUGAUCGAAAACAUGAAGCGAGUUUUAACGAACACAAUCUGUCUUUUACAAAGAACAUGCUGCUCUGAGCUAAUAUUAUGUGUAUAAUAUGAUCCUCCUCAACCCUGAUUGAGUGCACUUUUUAAAAAUGUGGGUCAUUUAUUGUAGCUAGAAUACUGCGAUGUGGGGCGGUUUGAUAUACCUGCCGUGAGAAACACUACAGUGCUGUGAAUUGAUCUGAGAGCAUGAUACAGAUGACCUCUAAUCAACAUAAUCUAAUCUGUAAGUACACUAUAUUCAAGGACACACAAGGUUACAGGUACCCCUCAUAUUAUCUUUGACCACUUGUGUAUUGUGUCUGUGGAAGUUUUUUUGUCAUGCUUGCGAGAUGUUCUUUAUGUGUUUUGCCUCUAUUUUAUACUCAGUUAACUAGAUAUUCAAUACCUCGUGUAUGAACUACUUACAGCACUUAGAUUUUGAUAAUUGUGAGGACUUGAGAGAAAAAUUUGAAAUAUCAACAUUAACCUAACUUUAGUGUCCACAAGUCUUUGCCUUUACUGUAUCGUUGAAGUUGGUAGUAAACACUUGCACAUGUCUACAUAGUUCAGAGGACUUGGAUUGUAUUAUGUAGAGAUAUAUAUUACACAAUUACUAAAAAAAGAAGAAUAAUAUCUUACAUUCUUGGAACAAAAUGUGCUGAUUAUAUUGAAAUAGAGUGUACAGAUUUAAUAAACCAAACCCAUUCAAGCCAGUUCUGGUCUGGCAAGCGUGCCCACGUUUUAGACCUUCUCUCAGGGUAGUCUUGCUUUUUAAAGCUUUACUGAAAAACAGUUGCUCAUCAGUGGCGGUGACUAUGAUAAAACAUGAUGUGGUGUAGAGAAAGACUCCGUUAAAUAUUAAAUGGAUCCGUGGAAAGUUGUGUGUAUACGGGAAAUGCAACUUUCUCGGUUGGUGGUGGUGUGAGUUGGAGAGCUGUUUUGUAAUUCAUUACUCAGAUGUGUCAAAGUGCAGCGUUGAUUGGAAAUAGCAGGACGAGGCUGGUGGGGUUUCAGAUCAGUAGACUUUGCUCUCUAAAAUACUCUUUCUGUUUUCUCUUUGGAGCCACAGAAGAUUUUUCUCUGGUUUUCGUACCACCAUUUUUUUGUGCAUAAUAUACUGUAUGAUUAGAAGUGGCAUUUCUAAUGUGGAAAUAACAUUGUCUUUCAUGGUAACAUGGACAUAUGACAUGCAUUAUCUCUCCAUGUAAAGCUCAUCUCAUCGUUUUGCAUGCAAAUCCAUUCUGGUCUCAUGACAGGGGAUAGGGCUGUGUUUUUGUGUUGUUGUUCUUGCACAGGGACAUUAAGUCAGUCUUUCUACAUUAGUGAAGUCCAUGCAUGGUGCAGCUGAUAAAUCUGGCUCUCACAAAGUCAUCAUCAAACAAUAUAACUUCCAGGUAAAUAUUGAAAUCAAGAUUAUUUUGUGCCAUAUCAUACGCCUCAUGCAUUAUCCUAACAGGAGUAAAGUGGUGAAGUGUGAUUUAAGAAGGGUGUAGGGCUUUUUUGUAAGUUAAGAAACAGAGCAAAGCUUUGUUCAUAACAGCAGCCCUACACACAAGAUGGUUUUAUUUUCUAAUUGACACGAGUCACUAAAUAAAGAGGCAAUUGGUCGGAUUCAAAAUUUGAAUGAUUGUUAUCUGAGUUGUUAAUAUAAAAACAAUAUCUACAACUCUGACUCUGAGGGUUUGUCACAAGGGGAAAACAUCUUGGGAAAGUCCGCUGUGUGAGCCAAUAAAGAGAGGCGUCCUGCAGGCUUUAGUCACAUGUCAGGCUCGUAAUGUUAAAGAAUGGACAAAGGUAUGCCAAGCGUCUUGGAAAUUGAAUUUGCAUAUGUAAGCCAUCAUUCAAUACAUACUUGUUUAAGA